CUGCAAUUGUGCGAGUUAACUAUGACUCGUUAUUUACUGGCUUUCACUCUGAUAUUCAUCGUCGCAAACGUCCACGUUUUGGCGGAAGAUGCUGAAGUUAAAUGUGGUGCUAAUGAAGAAAUAGAUUUAUGUGGAAAAAUGUGCGAGCCAACUUGUGGUUGUCGAGAACACAACCCCAUAUUUUGUCCAGGAAUCCAAUGUGGCGGCGUAACAUCUGCCUGCCGAUGUAAGAAAGGAUUCGUUCGUAAUGAUUCUAGGGAGUGCGUUUCACUGGAAGAUUGUCCGAAAAAAGACGAUUCAGAACCUAAAUUGGCAGGAUUGAAAUUUUGUUUGGAUGAAGAUUAA